AUGGAAGUACCAUUUUAUAACUUUGAAUUUACUGGGGACGUCCAAGAAAAAACUCUACCUCCGGGUGAGUAUUUAUUAGAAUGCUGGGGUGCCAGAGGUGGUGGAGUUGAAGAAUUUUUCGAUCUUGAACUUUCUGCGAGUGGAAAAGGCGGUUACUCAAGAGGCUUAAUAAAGUUAGAACAUGAAACAAAACUAUACAUUCAUGUAGGUGGACGAGGGAAAACCGUAAAGGGAAUUCUACUUGGAAUUUUUGUUGAAGGUGGCUACAAUGGAGGUGGAUCCUGCUUUGCAACUAGAGUUGAUCCAACUGGAGCGGGCGGGGGUGGUACAGAUAUUCGUAUCGAGACUGACUCGAUAUUUGCACGCGUAAUCGUGGCCGGGGGUGGCGGUGGGAGUGGUGGUAGUGAUAAACUUCCAGGUGCCCCUGGUGGAGGACUUAUUGGAGGGUUUGGAAUUCCAAUCCUUGUUUCGCCAGGUGGCCAAACAUCAGAAAAAGAAUCUGAGUUUGGAGAAGGAGGUGAAUUCUUUCAAGGAGCCCAUACAGAUAUGGUUGUUGGUGGUGCUGGCGGUGGUUGGUAUGGAGCUAGCGCUCUACAACCAAAAAAAGUUCAGAAAUUGGCGCCAACUCUGGCUCUGGUGGAAGUGGAUACGUAUACACUGAAGGAACAGCUGUAA